CUUUUAUUUAUCUUAUUCUUCCCCUCUUCUUCUUUACGUAAAUCCCUCACGGGUCACAAUUUCAGAUUUCCAAGAUGUCUGCGCCCAUGAACCGAAACCGGCAUGAAAUUAUUUAGACAGCACUAGAUAAUUAUUCCAGAUUAUUUCCAUAAAAUGUUUACAUUCAGUAGACUAACAUAUCUCAGAAAUAUUAUAGGAAAUGCGAAGAAAAACAAAACACUUGAUGCAGGUGUUCGAGUUAUUUCCCUUAGGAAGGUUGGAACACAUCCAAGAUUAGUUCUUGGGAUUGAAACAAGUUGUGAUGACACGGGUGCUGCCGUGGUUGAUGAUAAAGGAAACAUACUUGGGGAUGCACUGAACUCCCAAACAAAAGUUCAUGUGGAUCAUGGUGGAAUAAUACCUUCAGUGGCACAGGAUUUACACAGGGAAAAUAUUGACACAGUUGUUCAGGAGGCUUUGAAGUCUGCCAAUGUUGUAUUGCAGGAUCUUGAGGCUAUUGCAGUUACUAAUAAACCAGGACUUGCUCUGUCAUUAAGAGUAGGCUUGGAAUAUGCCAAAGAAUUAGUAGAGAAAUCAAGUAAACCAAUGAUACCAAUACACCAUAUGGAGGCUCAUGCUUUGACAGUCAGAUUACUAAAGAAGGUUGAUUUUCCGUAUCUUGUUUUCCUGAUGAGCGGAGGGCAUUGUCUGCUGGCUGUAGCUAAUGAUAUUGAUGAUUUUGAUAUGUUAGGUACAAGUCUGGAUGAGGCUCCAGGAGACUGCAUUGACAAGACAGCUAGAAGCCUAUGUCUGAAGAAUUUGCCACAAUGUGAAGGUCUAUCUGGUGGUGGUGCUAUAGAAAUGCUGGCUGAAAAUGGGAAUCCAUUAUCAUUUCCUGUACCACAUGUAAUGACCCAUUAUAGAGAUUGUGACUUCUCAUUUACUGGUCUGAAGACAUACUUCAAAAGAUUGAUUCAUGAUGAAGCAACAAGACAAGACCUACCUGAAGGCCAGCUACUAUCAAAUGUGUCCGAUGUGUGUGCAGCUUUACAGUAUGCUAUGACAUAUACUUUAUGUAGGAAGUUACAGAGGGCCUUUAUGUACUCCGAGUUAAAAGGCUUGUUGCCGGAACAGAAAAGAGUAUUGGUAGCUUCAGGUGGUGUGGCCAGUAACCAGUAUAUCAGGAGAGGCUUAACACAAGUCUGUGAUAUGUUUUCCUGUCAGUUAAUUUGUCCUCCUCCUCAUCUAUGUACAGACAAUGGUAUAAUGAUAGCUUGGAAUGGUAUGGAGAAACUGAUGGCAGGAAAAGGAAUAGCAGAGGAUCCAAUGUCUGUUCGAUUUGAACCAAAGUUUCCUUUUGGAAUAGACAGAAGGGAUGAUGUCAGAUUGAUGAAUAUAAAGUUACCAAAAUUGAAAUUAAAGAGCUGAUAUACAAUUAAUGUUGUGCGUGUACAUAAAUUUGAUCAAAGAGACUCACAAUAUGUUUUUAGGUAGACAAUUAAAGAGGAAAAUAUUUA